UAUUUCAAACUAUGUACAUCUUCAAACUUAGACAUUGUUUUUCAAAACCCAAAAGUACAAAGCACGAGAUAAUUUCAAUGAACCCCGAGAGGCCAUGUUGAUAGUUGAAGAAUCGUGAAAAUCUUGACUUUUUGAGGGUUGAGAUCUGAUCAUGGUCCGCAUUGUUAAAAAAAAAACACAAACAAACAAAAAAAUCUUAAAAAUCAAUCCAAUCCAUUUAUCCAAUAAUCCGAAACAUCUUUUUUAAAAAAAAUAAAAAAAUAUCCAAAUGAUGUAGCGCAAGUGACAGAGAAAGCUUGCCUCUAAAAUAAAAAAUAAAUAAAAAAAAAAGUAACAGAGAAAGCCAGAAAGGUGUGGACUUGCUUAUUGACAACAGCAAUGGCAGCACUGAAUGUCUCCUUCACUCUCAAAUUCCCACCUAAAUCUUCUCUCUCUCCUCCUAAACCUCAUCUCACCUUUUCUCUCUCUUCCCCACUUCAUCCUCCUCCUCACAAUGAGCUUCAAAAAUUACGAGCAUCAACUAAUAACAAAAUUGGGUUUUUAUUACCAAUUCUGGAAAACCCAAUUGCUUCUGCAAGUUUUGCUCUUCUUCUCUCUGCUUCACUCUGCUUCUCUGACCCUGCUCUUGCAUUCAAGGGUGGAGGGCCAUAUGGGCAAGGAGUAACAAGAGGUCAAGAUUUAUCUGGAAAGGAUUUUAGUGGACAGACCUUAAUCAAGCAAGACUUCAAAACGUCAAUUUUGCGAAUGGCUAAUUUUAAGGGAGCUAAAUUGUUGGGUGCUAGCUUUUUUGAUGCAGAUUUAACAGGGGCUGAUCUUUCAGAUGCCGAUCUGAGAGGGGCAGACUUUUCUCUGGCAAAUGUGACCAAGGCAAAUUUAACCAAUGCUAACUUGGAAGGUGCUCUAACCACUGGAAAUACAUCAUUUAGAGGAUCAGUCAUCACAGGAGCUGAUUUUACUGAUGUGCCUUUGAGAGAUGAUCAACGAGAAUAUCUUUGCAAAGUUGCUGAUGGGGUAAAUCCAACAACAGGAAAUGACACAAAAGAAACACUAUUUUGCAAAUAGAUUCCAGGAUAAACCCUGUCAAAUAUGGAUCAUGUAUGUUGAAGCUUGGGCAUGCAUUUUUCGAGAUCAAUGCUGAUUUUUACAUGUAACUUCUGGAAGUGUCGAUUAUCUACUAGACGCAGGAAAAAGUUGCAAGGUAUCAAUGCUUAUAAAAAAUGUAAUUGUAUUGAUUUAGAAGGGAAACAAGCUACUAUCAGGAGCUCAGAAACUGUAUUCUUGGACAGUAUUAUUACACUGUAAAGAAUUUACUAAAAAGGGAUAGAAAACCUAUUUGAGAGUUUCGGCUCCUUUCCAUAUUA